GUUCGAAAUUUAAUUCAAUGGGAUUUUCAUUUUCUUCUUGGUCAUUGGUGACGUAAUAAUCUUGUCGAAAAAUAAUUACUGAAUUGUUGGCUGCACUUUGCUUGUUACAAGCACUUAGUCGUUGGGUAUCAAAGGACCAUGUUAGCAGCAUGCACUGAAACUAAUUCAGAUCAUAAAUUUCUUGGGGUUGUAUUCAAAUUCAUUGAUAUUUUCUAAAUCUUUAUUGCAACUAGGAGGUCUUACUGGUUAUAUUGAAGUUUAUUGUGUGUUUUUAAACAUUGUUAUUUCACUAAUAAUGAGGAUCUUUGAAUUUCUCUUUCACUAAUAAAUUGAUUAUUCAUGCAUUUUGAUAGGAAAAUAGGUUACAAAAGGUCAUUGAGAGUAGAAUUCCUUUAUCAGAUGAUGUUUGCUGAUAGGGAUUUCGAGAGGAGAUUUGGGGAUGAGCCGUCGAUGACUUCGGUCUCGGUCCAGAAUUGGAUCGAGCGGGGUUACUCUGUCGUCGGCGUUCAGUGUCGAGAUCGUCCGAAGCUCCUAUUCGAUGUUGUUCGCACGCUUACAGAUUUGAAGUAUGUGGUGUUUCAAGGCACAAUCGAUACCGACGCUGAUCGCGCUCAUCUGGAUGAUGAGGAAGAGGGUGAAGAAGGAGAAGAAAAUGGCUUGAGUAAAUGUAUAGGGUAGGAGUUGAAGAAGCUUCUACAGUGUCAUAGCCAUUAUAAAUAAUUUAUGUAAAAGUUUAUAAACAAUUUAUGUAUCUCUCUACUAUUUUGGUGAAUGUAUUAUUUGAAUAUAAUUAGAUUUGAUAUUGGAAUA